AUGAAAUCCGUGUCUCCUGUAUUUUGGGGCCUUUGGAGGGCCCCUCGGGCGCCCUUCGUGUGUAUUUUUACCAUACAUAGGGCCCCCUUCGCGACUUUAGGAGCUUUCACCACAAGUACCUGCACGCAAACUAACAUUUCCCACCGCAGCCACAACAGCAGCGGCAGCGGCAGCAGCAGCAGCGGCAGCAGCGACAGCAGCAGCAGCGACAGAUGCAGCAGCACCAGCAUUAGAAGCAGCACCUGCAGCAGCAGCAUAAAGAAGAUACGGGUUCCCGUCCUCAUUGUUGGAGGGGGCCCUGUGGGCCUGACUAUGGCGCUGCUGCUACAAAAAGGAGGUGUCCCAACUUUGCUGCUGGAGCAACAGGCAAAAGCCACCUGUCUCCCCAAAGCACAUUACAUCACGAACAGAUCUAUGGAAAUUUGGCGCCAGCUGGGCCACUUAGACCUCCGCGUCAGUGCACUUUCUCCUUGUCUGGACGACUGGAGAUCAUUCAUUUACACUACCCAGUUGAAUUGCAUUGAGAAGAACUACAUAGCGGCGGUUGACCACUUCAACGGUUUCGAAGAGGAAAGGCUCCCUGAUGGUUGCGUGACCUACAAGGAGACCGCUAGCCCUUGCCGCAUGACUCAGUUGUCGCAGAACCUGCUGCUUCCUCUUUUGUACAAAGAAGCAGAAGCACGGGCCUCGAAGGAGUGGGUUAGAGGCUUUGCACAAGGUGAAACGGCUGCGCAGGAGCGUAAGGAACAGCCCCACCUAAAAGUGCCACUGCACGGAAGCCAGCCAGGGGGCCCUCAUGGUGAAAUGAACAAUGGAAGGAACCGUUGUGAAGCAUACAUCCCUCAAGCAGCAGCAAGAGGACAAGAGCCGCAGCCAGCGGCCCUUGGCCUGCUGCUGAGUGCACAAUGGGAAGGAGCUACGCAGGAAAGCCGCAGCGGGAGCUCAGGGACCGACAGCCCCAGUGGUCCACUAACAUCCGUGGUGUGUGUGGGAGACAGCAAUGGUAGUGCGUCUCUCUGGGAGAUAACCAGCGACCUUGUUAUUGGUAGCGACGGAGCGGGGUCGAGAGUGCGAGAGUGGAGUGGCUCGCCGCUUGUUGGGGGCCCUCCCCUCCAGCACUUUUUAAACGUAACAUUUCGUUCUAACGAGCUUGUGGAGGCCAUCCAGCGCCAAGAUGAUGGUCCAGCAAGUAGUCCUUCAAGGAACUCUCAAACGAUCUCCGACAGCAGUUCCAGCCAAGGGGCCUGUCAACCAGAGGACAGUGUGUGGGGCCCGUCGUGGGGUUCUCCAAGGGGCCCUGGAUUCGAGUUUUUGCGCCGAUUCAAAAGUCGUGGCAUGCUGUAUUACGUGUUGGGUCCUCGGUGCAUAGGUGUCGUUGUUUGUCAUUGUUUCAAGACAGGCUUGUUCGUGGCUCACAUCCCUUUCUUCCCACUUAGUCGCGACGACAAGAUGGUGGAUUUGGGGACCACUGGAGACAAAAGACAGGCCGCCAACCUGAUCGAAAACCUAGCGGGAAGGCGCCUCAGGGACAUCCAAAUUCAGGACGUGAGGCCUUGGCAGAUGGUUGCAAAGGUGGCCGCCCGGUACUUGCCAUGCGGAUACAUUUCGAGAUCUACAGAAGGCAACUCCAAUCGUUCUGUAGAGGCUCUCUCUCCUUCAGGUCUGCAGACCGAGGAAGGCUUCGCGAGAGAGAAUGGUAUCUCCUGGGGACCCAUUAGGGGCCGUGUGCUUCUGGUAGGAGAUGCAGCACACUGCUUGCCUCCCGCAGGGGGCCUGGGAAUGAAUUUGGGCAUUGCGGAUUGUCUGAAUGCCGCCUGGAAGAUUGCCCAGAGCUACCAUCUCCGGCAAGGUCCGUUCGCGCCGCCGCAACAACGCCAGCAACAACAGCAGCAGCAAGAGCAGCAGCAAAAACAAACGGAUCCGGCAGGGAAGAUCUUGGGGAGCUAUGAAGAGGAACGCAGACUCGUGGCAGAGUACACCUGCGCCGUCGCCCGUCAAAAUUUUUCGUCUGGGCGGUGCAUUCCCGAAGUACUAGGACUGAAAUGGGAAGCUGCAGCAGCAGCAGCAAGGGCGCUGGCUGCAGCCUCUGAUGCUGCAGCAUCUACAAUAGCAACUGCAGCAGCAGCUAUGAGACUCAAGGGGAUAACGGAAGCGGCAGGAGACGCCUCAACACGAAUCGCCAAGAAGGCCUUUGAAUGCUUCAUGAGCAUUGGGAGGGUGCAGGCAGCCUUUCAAAUGGCGUUGGGGCCUCUUAGAACCAAAAUGCUGGAGACGAUUCGCGUGCUGCUAAGUAGCGAGGAGACGCAUCUGGGCCUCAGGUUCCAGGGUGUUGACAUGGGCUAUGCGUACACUAAGUCGGCCCUUAUGGGUGAACGCGAUGGGGGCCCCCCUACGCUGCAGGUGUCCGAGUCCCCCUGGCGACUGGUCCCUACGUCGUGGCUUGGAGCCCGCUUGCCCCAUGCUCCAGUGAAGGCCCUUCUUCACUACAGUGAAAAUGAACCCCCAGCAGCCUAUGAGCUGUCGACUGUGGAUCUGCCGGCCCUUGCAGUCCCUUCAUGCAGUUACUGUUUUCUCUUGCUUUCGGAAGCGCACGAGAGUCGUCUCUUUGCUGCGCUAAGCAAGUGGAGACAGAAACACAGAGCGGCAGCACCAGCAAGUGCCUUACCUCCUCCUCGGUACACAGCAGCAGAUUUCGUCUUCGGGAUUACGUGGACAUCAGAAUUCAUUGCUAAGACUGCUUCACCGCCUGGCUGGGCCCCUGGCCCCUUAGAACCUUUAAAACUCAAGCAAGACACACUUGCAGUGUUAGGAGCAGGGCCCCCAAAAGCUCGCCUCCCGUUUGGCUGGAGGCAUGUGACAAGCCCCCCAGAUGUUAAGAGCUCCUUCGCCUCAACUGUGCUGUCAACAGAGACUCAACAAACCAUCCAACCAGAAAAUCUUUUGCUGUUGUUGAGGCCGGAUGGCCACAUCGCAGCAAUGUGGAAUGCGCGAUCACUUCAAGAGGCGACACUGUUCAGCUAUCUCGACGGUUUAUUUUGA